AUGAAUGCAUUUAAUCAAUCAACUCAACUUUACAGUACCGUAGAUCCACCUUUGCGAAUCGAACCUCGACAGAUUCCUCUUCCACCACUGUUUGAGUCGGGAGAUCAAUCUUACAAGGAUGACAGUGAUACAAGCUCAAACGAUUUGCCACUUCUCAAUGCAUAUUCACCGUCAUUGCAACACCAGUCUCCUUCCAAUUCAAGUAUGAGAGUCAGACAAGGUCGACAAUCAUGCGGAAGAAAGAGAGGAACAGGUGCAUGGACCGAAGAGGAAGAUCGGACGUUGCAUGAAUUGGUGUUGAGAUACGGUCAAAAGAAUUGGGUGAGAGUGGAAAUGGGAAUGCUGAAUCGUGAUAAGAAACAAUGCCGUGAACGUUGGUUCAAUCACGUCAAUCCACACAUUAAUGAUGGCCCAUUCACAGAAGAAGAAAGCAUUUUCAUCAUCGACUUUUACAUUCGAAAUGGAAGACAGUGGGCAAAGAUGAGCAGAUGCCCAGAACUGAAGGACAGACCAGACAACUCGAUCAAAAAUCACUUCAACACAAACUUACGCGAACAUUACGCUGAAUUGUGUCAACGGUACGGAAUUCCCCGGAGGAUGCAAAACGACGUUAGUGAGAUCGAAAAGGACGUGUAUGAACGUAUCCGUGGCAAGAUUACCGCACCACAAUAUGAUACGAUGCGAGGAACGAAAUCAUCGCGCUUCUUGACAGCAAAUGAACAGUUCGAUAAGGCACCUUCAAGCGAGUGGAUGGACAUCAAAAGUGAACCCAGUCGUCCUACCACACAAGAUGGCUCACCGUUCUAUUGGCAGCCCGAUUUUGAUCGAACUUGGUCAUCCUCCUCUCCCGUCAAGGUUCGUGACAGGUUCACCCGCACUUCAUACUCAGCAGGUACGCACAGUCAAUCAAGCACAAACAUGUACAAAGAUGAGGAAGGGCGCUACCAGCUGCCUCCUCUCCCUUUGCCUGGAUCAUCAGCUAGAUAUCCGGGCUCAACGCCACAUGCAAGAGAGCGCAGUCAUUCGAACAUCGAUGAAGAGCACAAAAAUCGUUUAUGGCAAUCGAUCCAAAUCGCUCAUAAACCUUCACGCCAUAACAGCCUCACACACCAAUUCAAUGAACACCUCACGUACCAUACCCCAAGGCCAGAAUUGCGUCGGCUCAGCACACCGAUUCGAAGGCCAAGAACAGAUAGCAGUGUACAAGCUGCUUACAAUUAUGGGAAUAGACCGUUCGAUGAUUCCUAUUUGACGUCACAGUCACAUGAAGUCGACGACGUCUUCUCAAUCGGUCCCGCAUCACGAUCCCAAGAUGUCCAAUUCGAUAUCAUGCGAGAAACAACUCGCCAUACACAAUACGAAAAGCAAAAAGAAAUUCCAUCCCCUUAUCUCCAUUGA